GUGUGGGGACGUCAGCAGGCACGCGGCCGGAAGAGCCUGAGGCUCAGAGCCGGAGCCGGAACGCGACCGCGGGGGGGCGGCGAGCGGCCAUGGAGGAGAAUGGCUCAGAUAAUGUGGCAUCGCCAGCAAACUCUGCAUCAGGAAAAUCUAAGCUGGACACUCUGUCAAAGGAAGACCUUAUAAAAUUUGCAAAGAAGCAAAUGGUCCUUUUACAGAAGACAAAGUCAAAAUGCACUGUACUGGAAAAUGAAAUUGAACAGCUGAAAACAAAAUCAGCUAUUGAAGACAAUGAUGCAGUCAUCCAGGAACUUACAACCAGGCUGGACACAGUACUCUUGGAAAAAGCAGAAGCUCAACAAAGUACACUGUCUCUGAGAAAAGAAAAUGAAAAUUGCAAAGAAGAAUUGAAGGAUGCAUUGUCAAAAGAAGCAGCUCUCCAGGACGAUAUUGAACUGUUAAAAAAACAGCAUUUAGACAAAAUUGAAGCCAUAUAUUGUGAUUUAGAAACUACUCGAGCAAAAUACAAAGAUGAACUGACCAGGUUAGAAAUUGAACUUCAGGAGUCAAAUCUCAAACACAUUAACCACAUUGGACAACUUGAGCAACAGCUUGCAGUCUACUCAUUGCAGCAGAAUGAAACAAAGAGGCUGGAAGAAGAAUUAAAUGAAGUUAGAAAAUCUUCUGAUUUUCAACUGAAACGGCAGCUGGAAACAAUCACCAAGGAGCAAAAGGAAGAAUUGAAGAGGAUGCAAGAAGUUCAUAAGAACUCUGCCUCUGAGCAGGAAAGUGAAACGAAGAACAUUCAGAAAACCCAUCAAGAAGAAGUGGCACUAUUAACGCAACAGUUUGAAUCUGCUGUCAUAGCACAUGAACAAGAACUUAAGAUGUUGGAGCAAGAUUUAAAAGAGAAGCAUUCAAAGAAAGAGAAACGUUUUGAGAAUGAACAGAUUGCUAAUAUUAGCAACUAUGAGCUUCAGUUGAAUCAACUGAAAGAUCAGUUAAGAAAAAUGACAGGAGAGCAAGAAAAGGUUCAACGUUUGCAACAAAAGCUUCCAAAAGAAUCAACCUCUGACUCCAGUGAGCAAAUAAAAUAUCUUGAGAACUGUGCGAAAAAAUUAGAAUCGCAACAUAGUUUGAGGCAGAGUGAAAUUGCAUACUUGAAAGAUGAAAAAGAGAAAGUAGAAAUGGAACUGCAGCACGUGAAAGAGGAGUUGUUUCAUGAGAGAGAGGAUUGGGAGUUCAAGAUAAAUGAACUCCAGCUGUCCAAGGAAGAAUAUAUGAGCAUGGUUACAAAAUUGACAGAUGAACUUCAUUCUGCCAAUCACCGUUGUGAAAAAGCAGUCAUGCAGCAUACUGCUGAAAUACAGAUUGUAACAGAACAACAUAAAAAACAUAUUUCGGUCUUAGAGCAAACUUUUUCUUCUGCAGCUGAAAAUGAAAAACUUGAAUGUCUUCGUAAGGUAAAUGACUUGACCAAGCAUUGCCAAACAUUAUUGGAAGAGAAAGAGGAGGCAGAGUGUCACUAUGAAAACUUGUGCAAAACCAUGGAAAUACUACAGACCGAAUUAAGAGAAUCUGCUUCAAAGAUUAGCCAUGAGUUUGAGAUGAUGAAACAGCAGCAAUCUGAUGAAAUUCAUGACCUGCAACAGAAGCUCAGAAAAGUUUUUAAUGAGAAAGAUUCUCUUUUGGAGUCGAUCAACCAACUGCAGGCUGAAGUUGCAGAGGCUAAAGAACUAAAGCAAAUUGCAAGUAAUUUUCAGGAGAAGAAUGAAGAGUUGGCAUUGUCAAUUCAGCUGAAGGAAGCAGUUGCCAUUGAUUCAAAAGAGCAAGUAGAUAAUUUAAUGAGCGAGAAGGAGGAACUAACAGCAAGAAUUGUUAUCUCUGAAAAGUCAAUAAGUGGAUUGGAACAAUCUCUCAAACAAGAACAAGGUAACUGUGCAGAACAUCAACAACAAAUACAAGAACUCAGUAAGGACAAUUAUGAAUUGCAGCAGAGAAUGGAUGAAAUGACACUUUGUUUAAAAGAGGCAGUUUCAGAAAAAGAUAAUUCCUGUCAAAAAUUAAGUGAAGUGGAAACCCGACUGGAGACUAUUAAAAUUGAGAAGGAGCAUUUGGACUCUCAGACAAAAAGCUUAGAGGAACUGUUUACAAAGUUAGAAAAAGAAAAGGAAUCUUUGCAAAACGAAAUAGCAAGGCUGAGUUUGCAAAAUGAAAACAUGGGAUCAAAUGAAGAAAAAUGGCACGAUCUCAAUAAUCAACUACAAGCUUUAAUUGAAGAAAAGAAGAGCUUAGAAAUAGCAGAUAAACUUGGAAAACAGCAACUUUUUGAUGUCAGAUGUGCAAUAGUUAAUAUUGUUGAACAGGAAGCUUAUAGUUUUAGAAAUGAUGGUCAUGAGGUGGGUGUAAUUGAGGCAAUGCAAUUACUUGAAGAAUAUGUGACAAAAAUGAAGGAUGAAAAGCAAUCUGUAGUGCAACUACAUGAUGAGCGCAUACUACAUUUGCAAGAAGAAUUGCAAUUACAGAGAGAUGCAAAUAGAGAUCAACAGGCUGAACUUGAUUGUUUAAUCGAUGACCUCAGGAAAGAGAAAACCCUUUUGCAAAAGCACCUAGAUGAAGCAUUGUUUGAUAAGGAAGGACUGCAGAGAGAUCUGUUAGAGAUGCAGAACCUAAGUGAAAAAAAUAACCAUGAGAAUGAAGAUCUACUGGUUCAGAUUCAGAAUAUUACACAGAAGCUUGAACACUUGGAAACACAAAAGCAAGAACAGAGUGAGAAAACUGAAAAAGAAAUGGCACAAGAAGGAGACGAUAAAUUGAAGCUCCAGUUGAAUGAAAAAGAAUCUGAGCUAUUAAAAUGCAGAGAGGAGCUUGAAAAAUUGAAGGAUUUGAUGCUGAAAAUCUCCAGUGAAGAGAACACCUUAAAAAACACAAUUGUAGAACUGAAUGAGAAAGUGGUUGGACUUGAAAAAGUAAGCAACGACAAGGAAAAUCGAAUAAACAAGAUUAAAGCUGUGGCGGUGAAAGCUAAAAAAGAACUUGAUGCCAGCAAAAAGCAGGUCCUACUCUUAACAGAAGAAAUGGAGAUUGUAAAAUCUGAGCGAGAUAAACUGUCGUUUUCCAUCAAGGACGUUAUGCAAGGAUCUGACAACUACAAGAAUAUUUUGGUGGAAUACGAGAAGCAAGCAGAAAAGCUGGAUGUGGAAAAAGAACGAGCAAAUAAUCGUGAAAACCAGGUGGAGGAGCUUACCCAACACCUUCAAGCAUGUCUUCAACAGCACAAACAAUUGACUUCAGAGAAAGAAAAUAUAUUGGUUCAUUUAGGAACUUUGCAGUCAAAUGCCAAACAGCUAGAAAUACAGAUAUUGGAAUCCGAAAAGGCCAAGAUAGCUGUUGAAAAGGAGCUAGAAGCCAUAAAAGUUGUCAAGGAGCAGAUAUCCAAGGAUAAUUGUGCAUUGGUAAAAGAAAUUGAAGAACUUAAAAAGCAACUUCAAAAUGAGAAAUACCAACUGCAACAAACAAUCCAUGAACUGCAACUUGUGAGAAAGGAUGCUCAGAAAAGCACAUUAAUGGACAUGGAGAUUGCAGAAUAUCAGCGGUUGGAAAAAGAACUGAACCAGAAAAUUACUGAACGAGACCACAGGAUUGGUGAAGUGGUAGAAGAAACUGCAUCCUUCAGACAGAAACUGGAAAACAUGGAAGUUGAAAUAAAAAGUCUUCAGAAAACAUUGGAGGAAAACAUAGAAAAAAACACCAAGAUUAAACAAAUGCUAGUGAAAACCAAGAAAGAACUUAGUGAUUCAAAAAGAGUUGAAGCUGAGCAAUUAGUUCUUCAAGCAUCUAUUAAGGGAGAGCUGGAAUUAUACCAACAGCAGGUGGAAAAUUACAAGAUUCAAGGAGCAGAGUUAACUGCUGAAAACCAUAACAUUCAUGAACAGUUGCGACAGACAAAUGAACAAAACCAUCGUACUUUAAGUGCACUUACACAGAAGAUGGCAGCUCUGCAGGAAGAGAGUAAUAAUGCUAAGGCUGAGCAAGCUGCAACUACUGUAGAUUUUGAGAAUUACAAAGUUCGAGUUCACAAUGUCUUAAAGCAACAGAAGAACCGAACCGCUGCCCAGAAUGAAAAUGAAUUAACUCAACAAGAAAAAGAACAUCUCCAAAAGGUGAUCGACCAGUUGAAGGCCAAAUUACAGGAAACUCAGUGCAAUCUACAAGUCAGUGUGGGUGAGCAGCAGACUCUGCAAGUUGAGCACGACAGACUACUGGAACGACAUAACAAGAUACUGCAGGAAACUGUGACCAGGGAAGCUGAGAUUCGAGAAAAACUUUGCUGUGCCCAGUCAGAAAGUACAAUGUUGAAAUCGGAGCAUGCUCAGACUGUGAGUCAGUUGACUAUCCAGAAUGAAGCAGCACAAAAGAGCUAUCGCGAGCAAGUCCAGCUUCUUCAAGAAAAUCACAGAAAGACAGUUGAAAUAUUACAGGAACAAUUGUCUACAAUGGAGCAACAAAUGUUCCAGCAUCAAACUGAAAAUACUUUACCACGUUCUCCACCAGUUCUGCCCACUGGAAAAAGUUGGCGUGACCGAAAAAACAUGGAUAUUUCUUUAUUGGAUAUAAAUUCCAUUGAUCGUGAGGAAGGAGAAGGAAUGGAGAUGACUGAAACAGAGUCGGUGCUGUCUACUAAUUCCCAAGUUGCAUCUCUUGAGCAAUUACUCAGUUUCCCUGAGACUAAGUCAGAUGUUCCUGAAUGGCAUCCUGAGCCAACAAAGGAAGAAAUAGUGCAAAAGUUAAAUACAGCUACAAAGAGUAUUGACCAUUUAAAUGGGCUGCUAAGAGAGACAGAAGCGACCAAUGCCAUCCUUAUGGAACAAAUUACGCUGCUGAAGGGUGAAGUAAGGAGGCUAGAAAGGAACCAGGAACGUGAAAAGUCUAUUGCAAACCUGGAAUACUUGAAGAACGUCAUGCUGAAGUUUAUAUUCCUAAAUGCAGGAAGUGAGAAGCAGAGUCUUCUCCCUGUGAUUGACACAAUGUUACAACUGAGCCCAGAGGAAAAGAGUAAGCUUGCUGCUGUUGCUCAAGGGGAAGAAGAAAGCACUUCACGGUCAUCAGGGUGGACUUCAUAUCUUCACAGUUGGUCUGGAAUUUGAUAAAGUUCGACAGGGCGAGAUAUUUAAGUUAACAUUCCAUGAAGAACAGAGACUUGGUUGUUAUGGAGAGAAGACCUGCCUUAGACUUUUUUUCUUUAAAUUGAUUUGUCUAUUGUGUUUGUCAUGAUCUGUAAAUAUUUUGUCGCUAUGAGUUCAUUGUUGUCCUUUUUUAUAUUUCUAACUUUAUAUCCCAUGGGGAAGAACCUAUAACUGUAAGAGAGAUUUUAAAGAGACUUGCACAGGAAGAGUGAUUAAUCUUUAAUGUAAAUUUAUGAUGAGCCUAUUUUUUUUUUUCUUCCAAAAUUAUAAAAGCAUAGUUAGCAUGUACCUGAUGAUACCUGGCAUGACAAACACAAUUACUUCACAUUUACGUCAAAAAGGGCUACUGAUGUAAAGUGGCCCUAUAGAAAUAGUAUAAAACUGAAGAUCUCCAAGUCCGGCAUGAUCUUUGAAUUUAAAAUUGUAAUAUUUCAACUUGCCUUUUCAUCAGAACUGUUAAAUAUAUUACAGAUUUUAAACAAAUACAGGGUAGUAAAAUGAGGAAGGUGAACAAGAAAUCUGAGAGUGGAACGUGGAAGCUAUUAUAUAUCUACAUCUAUUUUAAAACUUAUUACCAUCCCAGAUACUUUGCAUUCAAUUCUCCGUUUUAGUUAUCAUUUUCUGUUUAUUUCUGAUUUUUGAACAGUUGGUGUUAACUUAUGGAAGCGAUAGUUUAUGUGUAGCAUGAGUUGGUCAUUUACUCUAAAACAAAAUAUUUUGUCAUGACUAAAACAAAAAUUGAAUGGUUUUAAAAAUAUAUAUCAACAUACAACAAAUUAUUUUCAAGUUUAAGCCUGGGCAUUAUAUAGGUACAUAAAUGUACAGAAUUCCAAUGUUAAGGCGUUAUACAUGUUAUCGUACUGGGAUAAAGUUUUUGGGAAAAUUAGACAUAUUUUCAUUGGGAUCAGUUGCAAAUUUGAAUUGAUUCCACUCUUUAGUAUGUGCAGUAAUUUAACUGGAAUAAAUAUAUACCAAAGGAAAGAUGUAGAAAAUGAAAGGGACUAAAAGAUUUGCAGACCCUUAUGGUUUUAAGACAAAACUGCAUUUCUGAAUCUCAAAGCCUGUUAAAUACUUCACUUUGUAAGACAUUUUAGUUGUUUUCAGUUGUAUAUAAUUACACCAUGAGCUUUUCAGUGGAGGGAUCAAAUGAAUUGAUGUACUUAUUUUCUGAAACCAUACCUUCAAAUUGCACAUACUGGCAUUUAAAGGUUCUUCUGUACAUGUUUGUCAACUAUUUGCUUUUAUUUUUAGAUGCAAGAUUCUCCUGAUUUCAUUUUGAGAAUUCCAGUAACUACUUGCUACUGGAGGCUAAAUGGUCAGUUGCUCGAUUUACUGCCUGAAGUAAAAAGUGUUUGCGAGCAGGGAGGUGAUGAGCCUACUAAAUAUGUUUCCCACCUUCCCGUUAACAUAUAAAACAAAUCCCUUAUUAAAUCAAAUAUCCACCCCUCAAUUUAUUGUCAUUUGUACAUGCAAAUUGUAACAAAUAUGAUGCAUUGUAAUACAGGAUGCGUCAGCAUUCAUCUUUCAAAACUGGGGCAGGAAAGGGCAAUUCCGUUUAUACUAAGCAAAGUAAGAAAUGUUAUGGUAUAUCUUGGGUCAUUUGCUGGUUGUGAUGGCCUUUGCAUGGAUUUUCAGCUGUUGUGCACAUUUGUAAAUUUGUAAUUACCA